AUGAGCCUCGACCCGGUGCGCCGCAUCAUCAGCGGCAAAAAGGCGCGCUACACCAAUGACGAGCACAACCUCGACCUCGACCUCGUCCAGUUGACCGACCGCGUGAGCACUGGCUGCUGCUCAAGUACGGGCAUCGUACACGACGUGCUGACUCGGAGGCUGACCACGCGCGCCGCCUUUGACUACAGGUCACCUUGAUGGGGUAUCCCGCCGUGGGAACUGCGUCACUCUACCGCAACAAGAGGUCAGUUCGUCAGGCGGCGAAGGAAAAAGCGACGUCAUCUCUUCCUGCGCCGCCGUCUCGGCGCUGGAUGUCCCCCGGCCCCCCUAUCUUCCCAUCUCUUCUGUCGUCCCCGGGACCGCGCACUCACAAAGCCCUGGUGGCUCCUUUGGACUCUACAGAUCCCAAGUUCUCAAAUACAUCUCCCUCCUCCCCGCCCCGCCCUUGAUCGUCAACCUCUGCCCACGCUACGAAAACUCGUACCCUGCCGACGCGCUCGUCCCCCCCGCCGAUCGAGUGGUGCGCUUCCCUUUCCCCGAUCAUUACCCACCCCCUUUGAGUCUGCUCCCCGUUGCGGUCGAGACGAUCGAUACAUGGAUGAAGAAGAACCCGCAAGGGACGCUGAUGAUUCAUUGCAAGGUGCGUCCGUUCAACUUCGUUUGCUCUGUUUCGGCAGGUGAGAAAAGACUCACCAGAGAUCGUAACCUUGUUCUGUCACCGCGCAGGCCGGGAAAGGAAGGUGAGCAUAUAGUGUGGAGAGAACGCCAAUCACACUCCCAGGAAAUCUCGCUCAACACCAAAUACCUUUUACAGAUCGGGAACCAUGGCCCUUUCCUACCUCUUGACCUUACCCGGUCUCCCGUCGGCACCUUCCCUCCCCACCAGUUCUUCGGACUCGUGCUCAAACGAACCCAUCGACCCUUCCCCCCGCCCAGCAACUACGACGACCCAUCAAACGCACCAAGAAAAACUCGCCGCCCUGAUCGACUUCCACACCUCGCGCCGGAUGGCCCCGGGAACGACUUCUCGAGGCGUCUCGAUCGCGAGUCAGAGAAGAUGGCUGGGGUAUUGGGCGAGAAUCUUGGAUCGAGAGGAUCCGAGACCGCGGGUGGUGGAAGAGAAAAGCUUGAGGACGAUCAGGUUGGAUUGGAUUGGGAUUCGAGGGAAAGGGCCGAAAGGGUUGUGGGGCAAGUUGGGUGGGGAGCGGAUGGCAGUUCAGGUGAGAUCCGAGCGUUCGUGAAGGUCAUUCGUUGAAUCGAGCACUCAGCUCGAGGACCUGUGCCACUCUUAGGUCUUCCACUACCGACCUUCCAUCUCUUCCUCCCUGCGCAAAAGGGAGGUCGGACUUGACGCCGACCGCAGCGCAGACGAGAUCUCGAGCCCCUUUGACGACGAGAAAUGGGACGACGAGGAAGAGGACAUGCUCCAAAGAGUCGGCACUUUCUCCGAAGCCCCUGACGUCGAAGCGCCUUCUUCACUGGAGGAAGGGGAAGAUCUUACCGAGACGCCGAAUGCUAUCACACCAGCAACGACCGCGCCGUCGUCACCUCAUCCUGAUUCGCCUCCAUCUCCCUCAAGUCCGAGCUCCAAUCCAGAAGAGGACAGCCCAAUCCGAACCCUUCUCCCCUCUUCAAUCUACCUUCCUCCCCCGACCUCACCCUCUCUCGACGUGGCUCCUCGAUCGAAAGAAGUGUCCAAGUCUUCCACGGCGUUGGAAGAAGGGAUGAUCCUCGAUGCGGAUGAGGGUAUCCAGUUCAAGUUGUUGUUGGGUAAGAGUGGGAGGAAACAUGGGGACUAUCUACCUGCGAUGGUGAGUCCUUUGUCUUCGCUGACAGGGCCCUAUUCUGACAGCCCACUGAACUCGAGUGCUUUUCCGACACACAGGCAGCCCUAGGCAUCAUCUGGUUCAUACCCUCUUUCGAAGCCGAUGCUGCCGGCCAAUCCCGAUCGCAUGUGUUCAAAGUGGAAAAGGGUUCGAUCGAUUUCUUGAAACCCCAAUCGGGGAUCCAAGGAGUCGAGAUUGGGUUUACUUUCGUGUGA